UGGCGACUUGAGAAAACUACUUGUGACCUGUAAGCUAUCCAUGAGCUCCCGCGAAUCUAGAGUACCAUCUUGCUCUUGAAAUGCUUAGAAACUACAAAUCAUGCUAAGAGAAUUAGAGAAAGUUCCUGGAAAUGGGAACUCAUUCACAAAGUCAACUCUUACCAUUUUAUAUUCCUCUCUACAUUUUCCUUUUCUUGCUCACAUUCCGCUUCUCUUAUUUCUUUCGUGAUUUUGUGCAUGUCAAUACAUUGAUUUUUCCAGUAUCUUGAAAUGGCUGCUGCACCAAGAAAUCAAGAACCCUCAACUUCUUCAUCAAAACCAUCGUUUCGAUGGACAUAUCAUGUUUUCUUGAGCUUUAGAGGCGGAGACACCCGCAAGAAUUUCACUGAUCAUCUCUAUACUGCUCUGGUUCAAGCAGGGAUUCACACUUUUCGAGACGAUGAUGAAAUUGAAAGAGGGGAAAACAUUGAGCAAGAAAUCGAGAAAGCUAUUCAAGAAUCAAGAAUUUCUGUUAUUGUUCUUUCCAAAGAUUAUGCCUCUUCAAGAUGGUGCCUUGAUGAACUUGUGAUGAUUAUGGAAAGAAGGAGAACUGUUGGGCAUAUUGUGGUUCCGGUUUUCUAUGAUGUGGAUCCAUUGCAAGUUGGGAACCAGAUUGGAAGCUAUGGUGCGGCUUUUGCAAGACAUGAAAUUGCCUUCAAGGAAGAGAUGGAGAUGGUGGAUGGAUGGAGAAAAGCUCUUAGAGAAGUUGCAGAUAUGGGAGGGAAGGUCUUAGAAAAUAGGUAUCAGCCACAGUUUAUUCAAAAUAUUGUUAAAGAGGUUGGAAAUAAACUGAACCGCAUUGUGCUGAAUGUUGCUCCCUACUUGGUUGGAAUCGAUUCUCGUAUUGCUGAUAUUAAUUGGUGGUUACAAGAUGUCUCAAAUGAUGUUGGUAUAGCAACAAUCUAUGGAGUUGGCGGAAUCGGCAAGACAACUAUUGCUAAAAUUGUUUACAACCAGAACUAUGACAAGUUUGAUGGUGCAAGCUUUCUUGCAAAUGUUAGAGAAAUUUCUGAAAAAUCUAAUGGUUUGGUUCGUUUGCAAAGGCAACUUCUUUCAGAUCUCUUAAAAGGCAAAACAAACAAAAUAUAUAACGUAGAUGAAGGAAUUAUUAAGAUAAGAGAUGCUAUAUGUCGCAAAAGAAUUCUUCUUGUUCUUGAUGAUUUGGAUCAGUUGGACCAGUUCAACGCAAUAAUUGGAAUGUGGGAAUGGUUCUCUCCUGGAAGCAAACUUAUUAUAACAACUAGACAUGAACGUCUACUAAGAGUUCGUGAAGUUAGGAAUAUGUUUAGAGUUCAUGAAUUGGAUGAUAAAGAAGCACUUCAGCUUUUUAGUUGGCAUGCUUUUGGACAAGAUCAUCCUACUGAAGAUUUCAAAAAACAAUCCAAAAGGGCCGUGGAUCAUUGUAGUGGGCUUCCGUUAGCUCUUCAAGUUCUGGGUUCAUCUCUUUCAGGCAAAAGCACUGAUGUAUGGGAGAGUGCAUUGCAAAAGUUGGAAGCAAUUGCUGACAGUAAAAUUCAAAAGAUUCUCAAAGUAAGCUUUGACUCUCUACAAGAUGAUCAUGAUAAAAAUUUGUUCCUUGAUGUAGCUUGUUUCUUCACUGGAAUGGACAAAGAUUAUGUAUUUAGCAUACUAGACGGUUGUAAAUUCUAUACAGUAGUUGGUAUUAACAAUCUCAUUGGUAGGUGUCUUUUAACAAUUAAUGAAGCUAACAAGCUGAUGAUGCAUCAAUUAGUUAGAGACAUGGGAAGAGAAAUUGUUCGCCAAGAAUCACCUGAGGAUCCCGGGAAACGUAGUAGACUUUGGCAUAACAAGGAUGCAUUCAAUGUAUUAAGAGAAAAUACUGGUACAGAAACAGUGAAGGGCCUUAUUCUAAACCUGCAGAUGCUCAAGGAAGACAAUUCUGGUGAUACAAAUGCUGAAAUAAACCAUUUUGAAGAUUCUGGUCAUGAAUCAACCCUUCCUGACCAAGAAAAUGAUUCAAAAAGACGUCACCUUGGUUUCUUCCCUUGGAAACCUAUGAAUAAUGAUUUAAGUAAAUCAUUUUAUGAAGUAAACCUAAAAACAAAGGCAUUUGCAAGGAUAGACAAACUGAAGUUGCUGCAGCUCAGUAAUGUUAAAUGCAGUGGAGACUAUGGAGAUUUUCCUAAAGGCUUAGUAUGGUUGUUUUGGCGUGGAUUCCCUUUAAAAUUUAUACCAAAUAAUUUUGGCCUGGAGAAGCUUGUUGUUCUUGAUAUGCGCAACAGCAACCUACUAAAUGCAUGGAAAGGAACAAGGUUCCUUGUUGCCUUGAAAAUCCUUAACCUGAGUCAUUCCCGUAGCCUUGUUAAAACCCCAAACUUCAUUGGAAUUCCUUUUCUUGAGAAAUUGAAGCUCAAGGAUUGCAUAAACUUAAUUGAGCUUGAUGAAUCCAUAGGCAACCUUCAAAGACUCGUUUUGCUAAAUUUAAGGGACUGCAAAAAUUUGAAGAGGCUUCCAGCAGAAAUUGGUUUAUUGGAAUCUCUCGAAAAACUUAAUUUGAUUGGUUGCUCAAAACUCGAUCAGUUGCCUGAGGAGAUGAGUAAAAUGCAAUCAUUGAAGGUUCUUUAUGCAGAUGGCACUGCCUUAAGUCCAUUACAAUCUAGGAAUGCACCUUGGUAUUCAACCUUUUGGUCUUGGUUAUUACCAAGAAAAAGUCCACAAUCAAUCAAUUUCACUUUGGCUCUUUUACCAAGUUAUUUGAUAAACUUAAGUCUAGCAGACUGCAAUCUAUUAGAUACCGCUAUUCCGUAUGAUCUGAGCAGUCUUCGCUCCUUGGAAUCUUUAGAUCUUAAAGGAAACCCAAUUCAUAGCAUUCCGGAAAGCAUCAACAGCCUCACCACACUCCAGUACCUUUGCUUAGAUAAGUGCACAAAGCUCCAAUCUCUUCCAAAUCUUCCAACAAGUUUAGAGGAAUUAAAGGCAGAGGGUUGUACAUCAUUGGAAAGAAUUACAGAUCUACCAAAUUUGUUGUCAACCUUGCAGGUGGAACUUUUUGGCUGUGGUCAACUAGUUGAAGUACAAGGUUUGUUUAAGAUAGAACCAAUCAUAAAUAUGGACAUGGAAAUGAUGAAUAAUCUGGGCUUGUUCAACUUGACAUGCCUUGGGAGCAUAGAAAUGACAAUGUUUAAUGCCAUGGCAAACAGAGAAAGGAGGACCCUUCCCCAGGUACUACAAGAAUGUGGCAUAUUCAGCUUCUUCAUUGCUGGGAGUGAGGUUCCUUACUGGUUCAGCCAUAAAAGCAUAGGCUCCUCAAUAUCUUUUACAGUAACUCCAACUUCUGGUCACACAAUCCGCGGUUUAAAUUUAUGCAUAGUAUAUGCACGCGAUGAUGAGGUAUUUUGGUUGCAUGCUGCUGGUCAUUAUGCUAUAAUCAAUAAUGAAACCAAGGGUAUAAUCUGGAGUUAUAGUCCAACCUUCUACGGAAUCCCAGAAGAAAAUGAGGAUAUGGUAUGGCUAAGCUACUGGAAGUUUGGAGAUGAGUUAGAAGUAGGGGAUGAAGUGAAUGUUUCGGUGCGAAUGCCAUCUGGUUUUUAUGUGAAAGAAUGUGGAAUUCGCAUUGUCUACGAACAAGAUAAGAAGGAUACUGAAAUAAACAGCAAAAGCAUAGCAGAAAAUAACUCUUUUUGGCAUCAGAAUAUUACUGAUAGAGACUUGUCACCAUAUCAGGUUGGACAUUCAGUUUAUUUUCUACACCAUCAUCCAUUUACUACUCCUGAUGAAAUACUGAAGUUGGCUUCAUUGCAACUUUGAAAUUGAUACCGUUCUUUCUUAUUCACUUAUUUGUAUAUAGAUAUACACACGGUUUUAUGUGCAUGUGAUAGGUGCAAAGAACAUGUUAUUACAAAAAAUAAAUAUAGCAUUGAACUCUGAAAUAGAUCCAGAAAUAAAAUAUGUAUAUUCUUUUUCUUUUC